AUGGAGGUGACCCUGGGGCUUCUCUGGCUGCUGACACUUUGGGGGGUCGCGGGGGCGGGGGUCGCUCCCCUCCGUGCCCCGGCGGUGCGCUUCGCCAAAGUAAGCGAUAAGAUUCGCUUCUCGUGCGACGGGGUCCCCCGCCCGCUGCGCUGGGUCUGGGUCCCCCAGUUCCCCAACUGCCCCUGGGCGGGGUCCGGGGGUGGACCCGGGGCCGGGGGCGUCCCGGGCCGCCGCCCCGUCCUCUGGCCGCCCCCCGCCACCUCCAGGCCGCCCUUCCUCCACCGCCUCCGCGCCCUGGACCCGGGCAUCCGGGAGCUGGAGCUGACCGUGGCCCGGGGCGACUCGGGGACCUUCUACUGCGUCGGGGAGCAGCGGGACACCGAGAGCUGCGUCCGGGUCCACGUUCGGGAGGACCUGGCCGCCUGCCUGCCCCCCGAGGCCCCGGCCCCCAAGGCCCAGCCCGGCUGCCCGAGGCUCUACGCGCCCCUGGGCGCUGGGCUGCUCCUCGCCCUGGCCGGGCUGGGCCUGGCCUGGAAGCUGCGACGGUGA